AUGGAUGGAAGUAAAUGUAACGUUCACAUGAACGGCGACUCCAAAACAGACAAAAAUGUCGAUGUUGUAUCAGUAUCCACUUCACAGACUACAUGCGGUGACUGCCGGAGAAAGUUGCGAAGCUGCAUCCCUGCUAGCUACAAAGAAGAAGCCGCUCAAUUACUUAAAUUAGCCGGACCAGUGCUUAUUUCACAGCUAAUGGUCUUCUUGAUAAGUUUCGUCAGCACUGUGUUUUGUGGACAUUUGGGGAAAACAGAACUGGCAGGUGUUGCUCUGGCCAUAGCUGUGAUCAAUGUUACAGGCAUUUCGAUUGGAUCAGGAUUGGCAUCAGCAUGUGAUACACUCAUAUCUCAGACAUUUGGGAGCAAUAACCUGAAGAGGGUUGGUGUCAUUCUUCAGAGAGGAAUUCUCAUCCUUCUGUUAGCCUGUUUUCCCUGCUGGGCCAUACUCAUUAACACAGAGCCCAUCCUCCUCGCUGUCAAACAGAGCCCAAAUGUAGCUAGAUUGUCUCAACUUUACGUGAAGGUGUUCAUGCCUGCUCUUCCCGCUGCGUUUAUGUACCAGUUGCAGGGGAGAUAUCUGCAAAAUCAGGGAAUAAUAUGGCCUCAAGUUAUUACUGGAGCAGCUGCAAAUGUCCUCAAUGCUGUAAUUAACUAUGUGUUCCUCCAUGUGCUAGACCUUGGAGUAGCUGGAUCUGCUGCUGCCAACUCCAUCUCUCAGUAUUCUUUGGCUAUUUUUCUCUUUGUCCACAUUCGUCUGAAAGGCCUUCAUAAAGCUACAUGGGGCGGAUGGUCCCGUGAAAGCCUUCAGGAGUGGGGAGAGUUCAUCCGCCUAGCUUUUCCCAGCAUGCUCAUGCUUUGUGUGGAGUGGUGGACCUAUGAAAUUGGAGGAUUCCUGGCAGGGUUGAUCAGUGAAACUGAGUUGGGCGCACAGUCUGUAAUUUAUGAACUGGCCACAAUUGCAUACAUGAUUCCUCUUGGCUUUUCUGUGGCAGCGAGUGUCAGGGUAGGAAAUGCCCUCGGAGGAGGACACACAGAACAGGCAAAACUGUCUGGCAAAGUUUCCGUGAUUUGUGGACUCAUGGCAUCAUGUCUUGUUGCAGCUCUCAUUACAGCAUCCAAAGAUGUCAUUGCCUAUACCUUCACCACUGAGGAGGACAUUGUGCAAAGAGUUUCACAGAUCAUGGCCAUAUACGGUGUCUUCCAUCUCUUUGAUGCGACUGCGGGUAUCACAAGUGGAAUUAUCAGGGGCGCUGGGAAGCAGAUGAUUGGUGCCUUCUGUAACAUGGUGGGAUACUAUGUUGUGGGUUUCCCAGUUGGAGUAACUUUGAUGUUUGUUGUUGACAUGGGGAUAAUUGGCUUGUGGGCAGGUCUCUUCCUGUGUGUCUUCAUGCAGUCAAUGUUCUUUAUUAUUCUCUUGGUAAAACUCAACUGGAAAAAAGCAACUCAAGAGGCACUGGUGAGAGCAGGAGUUCAAGUCAUUGCUGAGGGUGAAGCUUAUGUGUUGGAGAGCAAGAGCUCCGAAGAAGGCUUACCCCCAGAGUCUGAGUCAGAGCAGAACCAACCGGUGGAAAACACAGAUCCUGAGCGGUUGAGCGAAGGUGAAGACCAAGCCGUAGACAGUGGAGAAGCAAGCAAGACUGUUGGAAUACCUCUUACCACCAAGCAGUUGAUUUUCCGUCGUGGGCUAGCAGUUUUUGUCAUGAUCCUCAUUCUUGCUUUAGGAAUAAUUAUAAAUGAACUGCUGACAAAGCUUCUCAGAUGAUCCGUGGUGCUUUUGUCAAUUCCAUAUAUUACUUUCCCAAAUUAUUUUGCCUGCCUAUGUCAGGUCAUCCAGAAAGGGCAUGAAUAGA